AUGCAUUCUGGAUCAUUCAUAGCAAACACUCCAAUUUAUGAGUUGGAUGACUUUCGUAAGGAAGUACGUGGCAAAAUAAACAGCAAAUUUGAUUAACCCAAACAAAUACUGUACUAACCCAAAACAUCCAAUCUCGGAUAACUCUAAUAAAUCCUGAGAUCAAGCAUAUCUCCCAAAUCACCAAAAAACAACGCACUUCACAAAUCUUAAGAUUCAUCUCCCCAAAUACACAAAUCACCAGGUAGAUUAUCAUUUUAGAGAUCCAGUUUAGACCUGAGUAAACCCACUUAAAAGUAACAUAUAACUACUAUGAAGUAUAUUGUAUCCAAAAAAACAAUUACAAGAUAUAUUGCCACUGAAUAAGAUCAUAGAAUUACAGAGAGCCAUUAAAAAUUACAAUCAUCCUACCAAUAGUAGGUAAACGCUUUAAUUUUAUAUUAGUUAUUUCCUUGAACUCAAAAAACUUGCGAAAGUGGUCUUAAGAGAAACUUAAGGAUGA